AUGCGCUUCCGACCGCCCAUUCCCCUCCGCCUCCUCCUGCCUCAACUCUGGCGCCGCCCUUCGCCUCCUCUCGCAUAUAUCCCUAGGCCCAUAUCCUCAUAUCCCUCCGCGGCAGCCGUGGCGGCGGCAACGGAUUCCGAGGAGGACGCCGUGGUUGCUAGGGAUCCACGGCUAGCGCCUCAUUUUGUGGGCAGGCCAGGAGGGUCGCCUAGGUUUGGGGAGAGCAAGGCGGAGUCCGUUAGAAAGGCCUCGAUUGCCGCGCGGUUCAAGCUCUGCUAUGAACUGCUGCGGCAGAGGAGGUGGCGGGAGAUGCGGGGCGGCUUGGCGCAGGUGGUCAGCGAACAAGGAUCCGGGUCUGCAGCCAUUCUCUGUGAUAUCUUGUGGAGUGAGUUCAGAGAGUAUGAUUCCAGCGGUGUUGUAUGGGAUGCUCUAGCAAAUAGUUAUGCAAGAACUAAGAUGGUUCAUGAUGCUCUUUACGUUCUCAGUAAAAUGAACAGCCUGAAUAUGCAAAUAUCAGUUUCCACCUAUGAUAGUUUAUUGUAUGGUCUACGGAAGACAGACAUGGCAUUGGAGCUUUUUGAUGAAAUGGAGGCAUAUGGUAUCUCUCACAGCGAAUAUUCACAUAGCAUUCUCAUCGAUGGCCUCUGCAAGCAAAAUAAAGUUGGAGAGGCUUUAUCUUUCCUUCAAGAGGCAAGGGAAGGGGGGACGUUUAGACCAUUGGGAAUGUCCUUUAACACUCUGAUGUCUGCAUUGUGUAACUGGGGAUUUAUUCAGCCUGCAAAAUCAUUUUUAUGUCUGAUGCUGAAGUAUGGAUUAAAGCCUAACAGGUAUACCUAUUCUACUCUUAUACAUGGUCUGUGUAAAGUAGGUUGCCUAGAUGAAGCAGUGGAUCUUCUUGAGAGAGUGACAAAAGAAGGAAUGAAACUCGAGACUGUCACCUACAACAGCCUUAUUAAUGGUUAUCGAUUGCUUGGUUUGACAAGAGAAAUUCCGAAAAUAAUUCAGUUUAUGAGAUACCAAGGGAUUGAACCUGAUCUUGUUACUUAUACCAUACUUAUUGCUGGUCAUUGUGAAGGUGGUGAUGUUGAAGAAGGGAUGAAGAUAAGAAAGGACAUCCUAGACAAAGGGCUGCAGUUGAAUAUUGUCACAUACAGUGUCCUUCUCAAUGCUCUCUUCAAAAAGGGUUUGGUCUAUGAGGUGGAGAACUUACUUGGUGACAUAUAUAGUAUUGGUCUAGAUAUGGAUGUCAUUGCAUAUUCCAUCCUCAUCCACGGCUACUGCAAGCUAGGCGAAAUUGAAAGGGCACUAGAAGUUUGUGAUGUUAUGUGCUGUUCUCAGAAGGUAGUGCCAACCUCACUGAACCAUUUAUCAAUUCUUCUUGGACUUUGCAAGAAAGGACUUCUAGUUGAAGCAAGAUGGUAUUUGGAAAAUGUAGCUAGCAGAUAUCAGCCAGGUGAUGUAAUACUUUAUAAUGUAGUUAUCGAUGGUUAUGCAAAGGUUGGCGAUAUUGGUAAUGCUGUCUGUCUGUAUGAUCAGAUUGUUGUGGCUGGUAUGAAUCCAACCAUUAUCACAUGUAAUUCUCUUCUGUAUGGCUAUUGCAAAUUUGGGGAUUUACACGCUGCAGAGAGCUAUUUCAGGGCUAUUGAGAUAAGUAAUCUGCUGCCAACAGCAGUAACAUACACGACCUUUAUGGAUGCACUCUCUGAAGCUGGAAAAGUUGACACUAUGCUCAGUUUUUUUUAUGAAAUGGUGGGAAAAGGGAUCAAGCCAAAUGCUGUAACUUACAGUGUUGUUAUUAAAGGACUAUGUAAGCAGCUCAGAUUCCGUGAUGCUAUCCAUUUUCUGAACAAUAUGGAUGGAGCCGACCCAAUAACUUACAAUACGCUUAUACAAGGGUUUUGCGAAGCACAGGACAUCCAGAUGGCUUUCUGCAUACAUGACCGUAUGUUAUGCUGUGGUCUAGUGCCCACACCUGUUACUUAUAACUUGCUUAUCAAUGUGCUGUGCUUGAAGGGGAAAGUUAUUCAAGCAGAAAUGCUAUUGGAAUCCCUCAGAGAAAAGGGCAUUGAAUUGAGAAAAUUUGCAUAUACAACAGUAAUCAAAGCUCAGUGUGCAAAAGGAAUGCCUUACGAUGCCAUUUCAUUAGUUGGUAAGCUUAUUGAUGAUGGUUUUGAAGCUUCUAUUGAAGACUUCAGUGCUGCAAUCAAUCGACUUUGCAAAAGGAAAUUUCCUAAAGAAGCCAUCAUGUUCAUUCCGAUUAUGUUAUCUGUUGGUGUUUUCCCGGACAUUCGAGUUUAUUUUGUGCUUGUUAGAGCUCUGCGAAAAAGUAACAUGCUUUGCUAUAUACCCAUAUUGCACGCACUUUCUGUCAAAACUGGUAUAUAG